UCCGCCCCGCCCUUCGAGUGCUUCCUACAACCGUCAGCGGUCGCCGUCCUAGUUUACCUCACACAAACGUACUGCAAAGCGGUUUUUCUCGGCAAUAAUACUAUAGUAUAAACUCAGGAAUAUUGUCGGAAGUGUGCGCUUUUAAAUAUAGGUGUUUUUUUAUAGGUUAUUGUCGUGUAUUUGUAUUGGGCGGUUUCCUUGUUCAUCUUAUUUCCUGGCUUUCGGUUAGCCGGCUAAUCUCCAGCGAGCGACAAAAUGGCUGAAUCGGACAAAUUAAACAUCGACUCUAUCAUUCAGCGUCUGUUGGAGGUUAAGGGCUCCAGACCUGGUAAAAACGUCCAGUUAACAGAAAACGAGAUUCGUGGGUUGUGUUUAAAGUCCCGGGAAAUUUUCCUCAGUCAGCCGAUACUGCUGGAGCUGGAGGCACCACUCAAGAUAUGCGGAGAUGUCCAUGGUCAGUACUAUGACCUGCUCAGGCUCUUUGAGUAUGGAGGGUAUCCUCCAGAGAGUAACUACCUGUUUCUUGGAGACUAUGUAGACAGAGGCAAGCAAUCAUUGGAGACCAUCUGCUUGCUACUUGCCUACAAAGUCAAAUAUCCAGAGAACUUCUUUCUUCUCAGAGGAAACCAUGAAUGUGCCUCUAUCAAUAGAAUAUAUGGAUUUUAUGAUGAAUGUAAAAGGCGUUAUAACAUCAAGCUUUGGAAGACAUUCACAGACUGUUUCAACUGCUUGCCAGUAGCUGCUAUCGUGGAUGAAAAGAUUUUUUGUUGUCAUGGAGGUCUUUCUCCAGACCUACAGUCUAUGGAGCAGAUCCGACGUGUGAUGAGGCCCACAGAUGUUCCUGACCAGGGUUUGCUGUGCGAUUUACUAUGGGCUGACCCUGAUAAAGAUGUCAUGGGCUGGGGAGAGAAUGACCGUGGCGUCUCCUUUACCUUUGGGUCAGAUGUAGUGGCCAAAUUCCUUCACAAACAUGACAUGGACCUCAUAUGCAGGGCCCACCAGGUUGUAGAGGAUGGCUAUGAAUUCUUCGCUAAGAGGCAGCUGGUCACACUUUUCUCAGCUCCAAACUACUGUGGGGAGUUUGACAAUGCAGGUGCUAUGAUGAGUGUCGAUGAAACCCUCAUGUGCUCGUUUCAGAUUCUGAAACCGGCUGAGAAGAAGAUGCUCUCGUACAGUGGAGCAGCUGGAUUUGGUUCUGGCAGACCUAUAACUCCUCCACGAAAUGCAGCCAAGGGUGGCAAAGCCAAAAAAUAACAUCAACUACUACAACAUGCAUAUUCAUCUUUUCCUUCACUCUACCUCUCCUCCUCCUCUACUCCAAACACCAAAUCAGUGCAGGGCUUUUUUAGCUGUCUUCAUCAAGAUGAGAUUGCUGUGAAUCUGAGCGAUCAUAUAUGUAUGCUGGACAGAAAUAUGCCCUCUUGGAGUGUGUCGGUCUGUAUGUAAACAUCUUUAUGUAUUUGUAGAAAAUGUAGUUGUUGUGGUGCAUUUGUAUGUGUGUGUGUGUGUGAAAGAGACGUUUCUUUUCUAUGAAUUGCUCAUAUUUUAGUGCAUUUUAGCAAUUCUGGUUCAUUUCUUUAUAAUACAUCUGCAGCCAUAACUUGAUAACCCUUUUUGGGAUGUUUAUUGGACCUAAGAGACACAUUUCUUUUAAAACAAAGCCUCAGGGUCUGGCUUUUCAUACCCGCUGUGGAAACAGGCUGCUCCAUUCCCUUUUAGCUCAAAAGCAGUCUGAACAGAGGCCUUUGUGUCCUUAAAUGCGUGUAAAUCACUGCCACUCUCUUUAAUGUGAAACUUUCUUCGAGCGCGUGUUUGUUUACAGUUGUUGUUGACGGCACCCUGCUCAUUUUGUGAGAUACCACCUAUUUUGGCACAUCCUUUCCUGCAGCAAACUUCCCAUUAUUGUAGUAAAUUAACUUGGGCUAUUAAAAUGUUUGGCUGCAUUUUUUUUCCUUUUUUUAAUUAAAUCAUGAAGCAUAUGUGAAUAAUACCAAGUGUGAAUGCCCACAAAGUGGCAUGGGUGCCAUCACGGUUGCAGUUUGCACAGAAAUCUACUGUGCUUCAAUUUCUCUCUUCGCACAUGAUGGUGGCUGUGGCUGUGUGCCACUCACAAAUCCACUUUCAUAAGUUAAAAAGACAUUUUGCAGGUUUUAUGUUUCUUUUGUAGUCUUAUGAAUUCAGCCAAUAAAGAAAAGAUCUGCUGCAA